UCCCAUUAUCCAUUUACAAAUCAUUCGCCUGAACUCAAAUCCAGUCGUUCAUCCGAUCCAGUCACUACCAAACAAGCAAUGUUUCUUUCAGCUGCUGCUGCUAACUAUGAUUACAAAGAUCUAUCGAAGUUGUGCGACUUUUUUCCAGGAUCGACGCCGAUCAAUCCCAAUGAAAAACGAACUCAUUGGUCCGCACAAAAAUCAUCAUCACUUCAUCCGAAAAACAACGAAGGAAGAAUUAAUCGUUGUCGUAUUUGUGGCAAAAUCUAUGCAAGACCAAGUACACUUAAAACUCACCUACGGACGCAUUCGGGCGAAAAACCAUACAAAUGUGAUAAGUGUUCGAAAGCAUUUACUCAAGCUGCAAAUCUUACCGCUCAUCUACGAACACAUUCAGGAGAGAAACCGUUUUCGUGCGAUGUGAACGACCGUAUCAAUGUAAAUAUUGUCGGAAGGCAUUUUCGGAUAGUUCAACGUUAA